CUAUAUCAUCAAUGUCCGAGCUAAUCUCUUCUUUUAAUCUUCUGCAGCUAUUGUUCUCUUUUUUGAUCUUCAAGUCCAAUAAAUCCCAGGAGACAGGAACAUGGGGCAGUUCAUUUGUUCAAGAAUGGCAGGAAUUUGGGACAGAAUAGACCAAAAGUUGAAGUAUUACAGAGACUUUGAUGAGAACUUGGGUGUCCUUCAAAGAUUAGCAAGAGAACUAAGCAUCCAAUUAGAAGAACUGGAGGAGAGGUCGAGUUCCAAACGAAGCGAGGAAUGGGAGGAGAAGGUAGAGGAAUUGAUCGAGGAAGUCGAAGAUAUCGAAAAAUCAAUCAGAAAAUGGAAGGUUUUUACAGUUGCUGUUUAUCUCUAUGGAAGGGUGGUUGUAGAGAAGAUUGAUGAGGCAAAAGAGCUACUUGAAGAAGGGAAGUACUACUUUCCCAACUGUUUCAAAUAUUUGAUUCUUGGAGGGGGAGUGGCAGCAGGAUAUGCAGCAAGGGAGUUCGUUAGACGAGGCGUGAAGCCGGGGGAGCUUGGUAUAAUUUCGGAGGAGUCAGUGGCACCGUAUGAACGUCCGGCGCUCAGCAAGGGAUGUCUGUUUCCGAGGAAUGCGGCGAAGUUGCCGCAGUUUCAUGUGUGUGUUGGGAGUGGAGGGGAGCGAUUGGAGCCCAGUUGGUAUGAGGAGAAAGGGAUAGAAUUGAUCCUGAGCACAAAGAUUGUAAAAGCAGCCCUUAAUUCCAAAACACUCACAAGUGAAGAUGGUACAAUUUUCAAGUUUGGAACUUUGAUCAUUGCAACAGGUUCAGGGGUUGUAAAACUGAGUGAUUUUGGUGUAAAAGGAGAUCAAGCCAAAAAUGUUUUGUAUUUGAGAAAUGUUAAGGAUGCUGACAAAAUUGUUGAAGCAAUGAGAGGAAAAAAGAAUGGGAAAGCAGUGGUUGUUGGAGGUGGAUACAUCGGACUUGAAGUUGGAGCAGCUUUAAGACUCAAUAAUUUGAAUGUCACAAUGGUGUAUCCUGAUCCUUAUUGCAUGCCCCGGCUGUUUACGAAAGAGAUUGCCGAAUUCUACGAGCGCUACUACACGUUGAAAGGGAUCAAACUCAUAAAGGAAACAUCUGUGAUCGAGCUCGAAGCCGAUCCAACUGGAGAGGUAAAGAAGGUGAAGCUUAAAAAUGGGAGAGAGCUAGAAGCUGACAUGGUUGUAGUUGGGGUUGGAGCAAGACCUGUGACAAGGCUAUUCCAAGGGCAGCUUGAGAUGAACAAAGGAGGGAUCAAGACCGACGGGUUGUUUAAAACGAGUGUCAAUGGCGUGUAUGCGAUCGGGGACGUUGCUUGGUUCCCAAUGAAGAUUUACAAUGAACUGAGAAGAGUUGAACAUGUUGAUCAUGCAAGAAAAUCAGCAAUGAAAGCUGUGGAGGCCAUCAUGGCAGAAGGCAAGGUUGUUGAAGAAUAUGACUACCUACCCUACUUCUAUUCACGCGUUUUCGAUCUAUCAUGGCAGUUUUAUGGAGACAACAUCGGAGAAACGACCGUGUUGUUCGGAAAUAGAAAUCCGGCAACGAAAAAGCCAAAGUUUGGGUGUUAUUGGAUCAAAGAUGGGAAAAUAAUGGGAGCUUUCUUAGAAGGAGGGGAUGCUGAAGAAAACAAGGCCAUUCAAAAUUUAACAUGGCACCAGCCAAAUGUUGAUGAUUUGAGAGAAUUGAAAGAAAAAGGUCUUUCUUUUGCUUUCAAAUUUAUGGAUUUCCAAAGGACACAAGCUGUCUAAACUAGACAUCUCAAGCAAGAUCCAAAUACUGCAAGCCUGCAGUUGCAUUUGCAAAUACUUGUACCUUUUUUUUUUUCUUUUUUCUUGUAAAUAUAUGGGUGUGUUUGGUGAUUUCAAAGGUUUGCUUUUGUUUUGUUCAUAUUUAUGGUCAUAUUCUAUUUCAAAACAAUAAUAAUGAGGCUAAAUAUAGCUUUUAGUCUCUAAUGUUUAUGUUUUCUAGAAAAAGAAAAAGAAAAAGAAGUCUCUGACGUUUAUGUUUGAGUAUUAUUUCAA